CUUGAUGUUAAAAAUGAGAAAGAUGAUGAAGCCUCCUCCCAGUGCGAAAGUCGUGCGUUUGCUGCCAUGGGGCUCGGCAAUGCAUGGCCAUAAUCGUGGCGCAAUAGCGCGCCUUCUCGUGCCCAACAAGGAGAAGACUCGCCAGGUAUUGCUUCUGCAAUGCUCCUAUGUAGCGGGAGGUGCUUAUCGCGCUAGAUCCCAUAAAACAAGAGGGUGCAGCGGAGCGCGAUACUUUUCUUCUUUUCUGUCUCUAGGCCGAUAUAACCCGAAGACGAACGAGGAGGGCCUCGCUGGCUUGCAGCAGUUGGACAGCAUGCUGAAGCUCCUUCUGCGAUGUAUGGUCGGAUCAUGAUUAUGUAAUAGUAGUUGAUAGUCGCACUUCUACCACUGCGAUUUCUACCAUAUUUUUGAGAUAUUUAUGCAGGUACUAUGGGAUCACAUCUUCGUAAGUCCAGUGCUUGAUCGACUUCUUUUCCUCGAUUAACAUCUGCAGUCUAGUAAUCGAGGUUGUGGUGGAGUCGAACUGAUAGACAUAGAUUAUGUUUCUGGUGCUUCAUUAAUCUGAUGCUGUUCCUCCUGGUCUACGCGAUUCAUUGAUGUUGAUGGAUAUCUAUGCUACUUAUAUAUAAUUUGGUAUAAAGUUUUUCUUUGUUUUCAUUGUGUUUUCAUGGGCUCGAAGCCCGCGGAAGAACGCAGUAUGCAGGAUGUUCUGAAUCGCGUGGAGGCAUUCGUCACCUUGGGGAAGCAUUAUCACGCUGGCGGUCACGCCUCGCGCGCAUCUGGUUAUUUCCGAAGCGCACUCAAGGAAUGCAAUGAAUUAGCGGCCGCGCGCGCUGGUUACCUAGCGGAGGUGAGAGCCACGGGUGACACACGUCCACCACCACCGCAACCGAAACUUCCAUGGCCUCAAAGACUACUCGUGGCGGCGCGCAGUGCGAUUUUCGGUGACAAAACGCAAAAUCCUAAAAUGCUUGCCGCAUCGGCGGGAUCUGGUCCCACGCGCAGUCUCGGCCUUUUACCAACUACAGCAGGAUCCACGUCGUCUUUGAACGAGGUCCCUGCUGUAGGUAGCGCUAGCACGAGUUCGAGUUCGUCUCCUCUAGGGUCCACCUCUGCUUCUCGUGACCUCAUUGCUGUGUGCUCAGAACUAGCAACGAUGCCGAAAGGAGACGAAGAAAAGGUGCUCCAGGUUGUCGAGAAAAUCACUGGCCGACGACCUAAAGGACGCAAGCCAGAAAAUGUGCGCGACUCACUGCUCAAAUGGCUCGAGGAGCUCCCUCUAAAUUCCAUGCUGGCAGAAUGUCACGGGUAUAUGGGUCUCUCGCUGCUGUACUCAUCGAAUCAGUUGCGGCAUACUCUGCUUGAGGAACAGCAGAUGCACCCGAACGAGGCGAAGAUAAAUAAAAAAGAAACAGCAGUAGACAAUGAACACGAACAAGCAGGCUCCUCAGUGCUAUCAGUCCCGAAAGAUGCGACGAGUACUAGUGCUAGUGACUCAGGCUUGCAAGGAAGCAGGACACUACGAGAGGCUGGGGCCGCCAAGGCUACAGAGCCAGCGCUGUCGUCUGCUACCCACAGCGAAGAAGCCGGUGUAGCGUCGAAAAAAUUCGAUAAGAAAAAGCGGCUUGCGGAGGCGAAUAUUAAGAAUGCAGCCGCAGGACAUAUCAAAGUUCGCGAAGCGGGCGUACCUGAUGAGGCUCGCUCUGCAACCUCGAAGGAUGGCCAUCCUACUCUGGAUGAGAGCAACAUCGCAGCGUUGGCUAUUAAUUCUUCCAUUUGGAAAGAACGCAAUGAGCCAUACAUAUUCCCUGGAAAACGAGCCAGCAAGAAAGAGGAAGACACGACGCACGAGAUGGACGCAGCGAAUGUUAGCAUAGAAAACUCUGCAAAAACAUUGGGAUCUACGAACACUUCACCAGGUUUGAACAAAGAAGAAGUGGACUCACGAAAUCAACAAGCUAUGCUCGCAUCGACUUCACACGAGAAAAACGAAAAUGGAGUGCUUCAGAGCAGUGAGGCGCAGAGAAUAGAACAAGGUGCUGAACAAGAAGCGGCUGAAUCGUGUUCCUCAGUAUCGCGUCUUACUGCGACAUCUACACCUUCUCCGACCCCAACAUCGGCCUCAACCACUGUCGAACCGCCUCGAGCAUCUAGCCGAUCAGAACCGGUAGAGCCUGAGGUUGCAGCGACACUAGUUCAGACGGUUGAGGCUGACGCCGCGAAAGCAGAAUGGCAUCUCCGUAAAGCAUUGGAGCAUCUCCACGCCAUGGGUAACCAAGCUCAGAAAAGCGAACUGGCGGAGGCAUACAACAACCUUGGUGCUUGUCUACAGCAGAGGGAGAAAUAUCAGAAAGCGAUAGAUUACUAUCAAAUCGCACUCGAACGACUACUCGAGUACUACGAAAACGACGAUAAUAACCGCUUCGUCUGCCUCACGUACUUUGAUGCACAACUGUCUCAUUUCUUACUAUCGUUGGAGUUUUCCAAUUCCACUUCUUUUGUUUUUUAAUAAGUAAAUAUGGUCUUUCUUUUUCUAGUUAGGUCUGCUCCGCCACAAUUUAAUAAGUAAACAUGUAAGUAGUACUAGCUCAUCGCGACGCUUACAAUGACACUCUUUUCAACACACCAUCUUCAGUGUCACCAUAAUUCACAUUUUCUCACUUCACAAAAUCUCCAUCAAAACAAAGGUAUUAUAACCUGGCUUGUUGUAAGUGGUACGCUAGCGCUGGAGGAAGGGAGGAAAUUGAGAGGGCUGGAUUGUUGUGCAAGCGCCUCUUCGACGCGGAUGAUCCGCAGCGACAAGCAAUAGAGACUGUUGCGGGCUUGCUCGAGUCCCGAUUGAAUACUACGUCAGACCUGCAGAAGCACUUCCGGGAUGAAGAGGCAUUGGAAAUUGGCCAACAGACUGAGGGGGAUCAGAAAGCGCAGCUUGAUGUUUCUGGAUCAGGAGGUGACCGUAAUGUGAAAAUGGCUAUUUCUGCUGGCGGAGGAUCAUGAUGUUGGACUGGGCGUGUCCAUGUCCUCCUACGAACGACGAUCACGAGCACGAAAUUAAGUGUAUCAGCAACACAUCAGCAAAAGUAUCAGACUUUCUCGAAAUGACUUGCACGCCAUUCAUGCAAAGAUGUUGUGAGACAGAUUUACAUAUAAGGUCAUUCUCAGGACGAAGCUAUACUCUGUCCACUGCGUUCCCAAG